AUGCCACGUUCUAUCUAUCUAUCUAUCUAUCUAUCUAUCUAUCUAUCUAUCUAUCUAUAUCUAUUCACACUGUUUGCAAACAAGGACCACCUGAUACGAAUUUACUAUCUUUAUCUCUCCCUUUUAUAUCAUCCUUUCUCGUCUCUCUUUUCAUCGUCCAUUUUUCUCUUUUCCGUUUCUUUUCUUUUUUUCUCUCUCUCUUUACAUUGUCUGAUUCUCUCUCUUUCGAUUCUUUGCUUAUUUCUCUAUAUCUCUCUUGACAUCGCCCGUUUUUCUCUCUUUCAAUUCUUUUCUUUAGAUUGUCUUUUUCUUUCUUCUUUCUCCUCCUUCCUUUUUUAUCUCUUUUACUCCUUUACAUUUCUUCCUUUCUUUUCCCUUUUUAUCUCUUUACACCAUUUUCUUCUUUUUCCUCCCUCUUUUCUUUCCACUCUUUCUCUCUCUUUACGUCGUCUAUUGUUUUCUCUUCCUCCUCACUUUUUUCUUCUCUCUCUUUACUUUUUUUUUUCUCUAUUUUUUUACUCUCACUUUUUCUCUAUUUUUCUCUCUUUACAUCAUCUUUUCUCGCUUUCUUCUGCUUCUAUUCCUCUCUCUAUUUACGUCAUAAUUUUCUUUCUUUGGCUCCUUCCUUGUCUAUUUUUCUCUCUUUGCAUCAUCCUUUUCUUUUCUUUCUUUCUUCCGCCCUUCUUCUCUCCCUGUCUCUCUUUCUCUCUCCACCCUCUGCUCGAGAUUAAUUUAGUUAAGCACCUUUUUCAGUCUCAGCACCUCUCUUUUUGCCUUUUGUCUUUCUUGCUCCUCCCGUCAGCCCCACUUUCUUGUCCAUACGGCGUCUGUCCGUCCAAAGUUUCCUUUUUCUUUCCUUUGUUUUCUUCCAUUUCUUCUCAGUUCCUUUUUCCUUCUCCUCGGCUUUUUUUUCUUCCAGUUCCCUCCUUUUGUCGUCCUUUUAAUUCUUGUUUUUUUUCUUUCUUUCUUAUUUUAAUUCUUCUUUUCAAAUAUGCGAGAUCUUUCCUUCUUUCUUUCUUUCUUUCUUUCUUUCUUUCUUUCUUUCUUUCUUUCUUUCUUUCUUUGACUAUCCUUGUUUUUCUUCCUUCUGUUUUGCUUUAUAUUUUCUUCGUUCCUUUGACUAUCGCUUUCUUUCUUUCUUUCUUUUUUUCUUUCUUCCUUUCUUUCUUUCUUUCUUUCUUCGUUCAUUUGACCAUCUUUUUGUCUUUCUUUCUUUCUUUCUUUCUUUCUUUCUUUCUUUCUUUCUUUCUUUCUUUCUUUCUUUCUUUCUUUCUUUCUUUCUUUCUAUACUUAUAUUAUUUCUUUACUACUUUGACCAUCCCUGUCUUUUCUUUUUUCUUUUCUUAUAUUUUUUUCUUUGUUUCUUUGACCAUCCCUGACUUUUCUUUCUUUCUUUCUUUCUUUCUUUCUUUCUUUCUUUCUUUCUUUCUCACGUUUAUAGCCGCUGCCUGUGUUUGGCAAGUUGUAGCCACAGAAUACGAGAGCCCUGCGGAUGAUCGGUCACUUGACCAAUCAGUCAGGUGGCUGAACGCCAGCCACCCUUCACCCGCAUCAAAGCAACCUCGGUUUCCCUGUACAAAAUAUAGGCUUAAUAUUUGGGGAGCGUUUCAUGGAAGCGGAAAAUGUGACUGGCUUUUUGUUCAGUCGCUGCUACGAUUCCUUUCCGUUUUCACUUUCCGAUUGUCGCAAUAUCAUUCCUAUCUAUCUAUCUAUCUAUCUAUCGAAGUCUUUUCAUAUCUAUCUAUCUAUCUAUCUAUCUAUCUAUAG